UGCAAGAAAUGGAAGCAAAAGCCGGCAUAACCGGAGAUUCUCUCAGGUGUACUACCCGCCUUUCCCGUCAUUAUAAAAGACAGUAAUCUCUAGAACUACUUCAUAGUCAAUAUUGCAUUCUCUACUAGUGUCUGUUUAUUCUCAGCUUCUCUGAGUAGAAGCAGAGGAGAGUGAUCAGAAUGAGCGAAGCGGCUGGCAUGGAUUGCAUUUACAGAGACCCCAAUGCACCCUUAGAGGCUCGUGUCAAAGACCUUCUUUCUGGAAUGACAUUGGAAGAGAAGGUCGGCCAGAUGACCCAGAUUGAGCGCAUCAUCGCCCAACCCAACCCCGACCUCAUCAAACACCUCUGCAUCGGGAGUAUUCUCAGUGCUCCUGGAAGUGGACCCAAAGAGAAUCCAUCGGCUGAGGAUUGGGCGGACAUGGUUGACGAGUUUCAGAAGAAAGCGCUUGAGUCGCGGCUUGGGAUACCGCUUAUAUAUGGGACUGAUGCGGUUCAUGGUAACAAUAGUAUCUAUGGCGCCACUAUAUUUCCUCACAACGUUGGCCUUGGAGCUACCAGGGAUGCAGAUUUGGUUCGAAAGAUUGGUGAAGCAACAGCACUUGAACUUAGGGCAACCGGCAUUCACUAUGCUUUUGCUCCCUGUGUCGCUGUAUGCAGAGAUCCCAGAUGGGGAAGAUGCUACGAGAGUUACAGUGAAGACACUGAAAUUGUUAGAGAGAUGACAUCCUUGAUCACGGGCUUGCAGGGCAAGCCGCCUGAUGAACACCCAAAAGGCUACCCUUUUGUGGCUGGAAGAAACAACGUUAUUGCUUGCACAAAGCAUUUUGUAGGAGAUGGGGGCACUGAAAAUGGAAAAAAUGAGGGGAAUACUAUAUCAUCUUAUGAGGACCUAGAGAGGAUCCAUAUGGCACCUUAUCUGGACUGUAUUUCUCAGGGUGUUUCAACUAUUAUGGCAUCCUAUUCUAGCUGGAAUGGACGUAAACUGCAUUCUGACCAUUUCCUCCUGACAGAAAUUUUAAAAGAUAAGCUAGGUUUUAAAGGUUUUGUAAUUUCUGACUGGGAAGGAAUUGACGAACUUAAUGAACCUCGUGUCGAAAACUAUCGAAAGAGCAUUUGCACUGCUGUUAAGGCAGGAAUAGACAUGGUGAUGGUGCCUUAUCGAUAUGAAUCAUUUGUGAAGGAUUUGAUAUCUCUGGCUAAAGAACAGGAGAUGCCAAUGGAGAGGAUUGAUGAUGCUGUUGAACGAAUACUUAGAGUGAAGUUUCUUGCUGGUGUUUUUGAAUUUCCUUUUACAGAUAGGUCUUUGCUCGACACGAUUGGUUGCAUGUUGCAUAGAGAUAUAGCACGUGAAGCAGUCCGCAAGUCAUUAGUUCUUUUGAAAAAUGGCAAGGAUCCUAAGAAACCUUUUCUUCCACUAGACAAAAAUGCGAAAAGAAUUCUUGUUGCUGGAACACAUGCUGAUGAUCUUGGAUAUCAGUGCGGAGGGUGGACAGCCAACAAGUAUGGAAAAAGUGGCAGAAUUACAAUCGGCACAACCAUUUUGGAUGCUAUUAAAGAAGCAGUGAGCGAUGAAACAGAAAUAAUUUAUGAGGAAUAUCCAUCAGCAAACACAUUAACAUGCCGGGAUUUCUCUUUUGCAAUUUUAGCUGUUGGUGAAGAUUCCUAUGCAGAGAAUGGUGGUGAUAAUCGGGGAAAGCUAGUAAUCCCCUUUAAUGGAGCUGACAUAAUAAGUUCGGUCGCUGACAAUAUUCCCACAUUGGUGAUUCUGAUAUCUGGAAGACCCUUAGUUUUAGAGCCAUGGCUUUUAGAAAAGAUAGAUGCACUAAUUGCUGCUUGGUUGCCUGGAAGUGAAGGAGGGGGAAUUGCUGAUGUUGUCUUUGGGGAUCAUGACUUCAAGGGCCGAUUACCGGUGACAUGGUUUAAACAGGUUGAACAACUGCCUUUGCAUAUUGAAGUCAACUCGUAUGACCCUUUAUUCCCUCUUGGCUUUGGGUUGACAUACAAAGAGGAGAAAUCUUUGAACUGAUUAGUUGUGUAGCCAAGGCUGGUUUAAAAGAUGGGGUUUCUCAAAAAUCAUUUAUGCAGAAACAGCUCGUCCAUGAAUAGAUUUCCCAUUGAUAUCCAAGUUGGCCGUGUUCAGCUCCAUAUAUGUGGGAUGUGCCUAACUGGAUUCAAGGCCAUUAGCUUAUGUUUUGGGUUAGUGUGGUGUCCAAAUGUGUAUAUAAAUGUACUAUUUGUGAACUCGUCUU